GUCUCUGGGGGCACCAUCAAAGAGCUGAUGGAGGCCCUGCGACAGAUGGGCUACACAGAGGCCAUUGAAGUGAUCCAGGCAGACUUCUGCACCCCGGAAACCACAGCCUCCAGCCCUGUGACCACUGCUCAGGCCCACAUGCUGCCUCUCUCAUCUUCUUCCACAAGGCAGCACUUAGAUGAGCUCCGGGACAGUGACAGCAUCUGUGACAGUGGUGUGGAGACAUCCUUCCACAAACUCAGCUUUACAGAGUCUCUGCCUGGAGACAGCUCACUGCUAUCUCUGAACAAAAUGCCCCACAAUUAUGGGCAGGAAGGACCUAUAGAAGGCAAAAUUUAGCCUGCUGGCCAUUUCCCACACUGUGUAAACCAAAGCCUGAAAUUCCAUUGCAUCAAUCCAGAGGAGGAAGGCAGAGUGAAUCCAAAGGUGCUGGAGGAUUACCGGCCCACCGGGUCAUUCUUGAUUUCAUUCAAGGCCUUCCGAAUUUGGCUUCCUUUCUGGGUUCUAAAAUGAACUUUAGUUGUCACAUUCAGAUGGUAUCUAGCAAUCACAGCACUCAGCUGUGGCUUGGGGUAUGGUGGCUUGAGCUUUUCCAGCUGCUCCUGGAUUACACUUGCUUUGUGUUGUUGCUGCUGUCCCUCUGCUGGGUCCCUGCUGUCAUUAAAAGGUAUCACUGUCCCCACCUGGUGUUCUUUCUAGCCAUCUACAGUACAGUUGUGCAUUCAAAUUAAGGUUAAGGAAAAAGAUAUUUUUAAAUGAGUACCUUGAUGAGUAAUAAAAAAAGAUUGCUUUUUCUAAUGUGGUUUAUCUGUGAUUUUAGAAAAACACAUGAACUUAACAAUAUUUAAAAGAUGCUACAAUCCAUGCUGAGAAUAUUAUUUCCCCUUCUGCAUUUUACUAUUGUAAAUAUGUUUUCUAAAUCAAAUACUUUAAAAGAAAAAUGUUGGAUUUAUAAAUGCUAUUUUUUAUUUUACUUUUAUAAUAAAAGGACAAGCACAUUGUUGACCUCA